AUGCGAAUACGGCAAGUCAGUGGUGCUCGGGGCCGGUUUACAGCUAGUAGAAGUGGUGAUGGCGUAGGCGUAACAAGACUGGCUGAAGAACAAGGUGGUGUGAAUAAUGAUAGAAUGACCCCUAGAGGUAAACGUAUAGUGCUGGGUGCUGGGUCUGGAGGAGGGGUUCAUUUGAAUCGCAAUCGUAUAGUAUCGGGUCAAAGAGUUGUCAGUGGCCGGGGGGUCAGGCUAGGAACUCCUGGUAGACAAACAAUGGAAGAUGAAUCAGGAGAUGAAGACGAUCUUGGUGAAGAUGGGGAUGAUCAUGAUGAUAGUGUUGUGAACAUUGGAUUCCAUCAGAAUAAGCGACAGAUUCUUAGUAAUUUUGAAGAAUGGCUUAAACUUUCAAACAGUAACAAGAUCAACUCCAAGAAUUCGUGGAAUGUUUCAUUAAUUGAUUAUUUUUAUGAUAUGAACGUUAUGAAGGGUCAAGAUGGGAUCAAUUUUCAAGUAGCAUCUGCCACAUUAGAUGGUUGUGUAAAAGUUUAUCAAAGUAGAGUGGAUUCUGCUGUAAGUGAGACAGGGAAAUUGCUUAGCGGGUUAUCACAGAAGAAUGUUGCCAAUAAUGAAUUAGAGGUUGAUGAUGAAGACAAUGACGGAGAAGAAGGAGUAGAUGGCUCCGGCGAUCAAGCAGACGGUGAGAAUGCCGAAGGAGAAGGUCGUAAACGUAGAAAGAUAAAUAAAGUUGUUGAGUCAACUUUGGUGGAGUUUGAAACUAUAAGAUUAAGGAAAUUCGAACAAGAAUUAGCGAUUGACCCUUUAUUUAAAAAAGCUUUAGCAGAAUUCGAUGAAGGAGGUGCUAAAUCGUUACUCCUUAAUUCUUUAAGCAUAGAUGCCACUGGUAGAGUGGUAUUUGAUGCCACCAUGGCUCAAGAGGAUUCAGAGGAAGAUAAGGAAGACAAGGAAGACAAGGAAGGCGAACAUGAAGAUAAGGAAAUGUCUGAUUCUUUUACAAAAUCGUCAAACGAGUUCUCUAUGGAAAAGCUAGCCAAUUUUGUUUACUGUCCCACUAGCAAUGACGCAAAUGAUAAUCUAGAAACCAUGACAAUUUGUCCCAGUAUGGACGAACUCCAAGCUGUUCUUGAAGAUAUUUCUAGAGCGAAAACAUUGAUUGAGAACGUCAAUCAUCAAAUACAGGCCGAUACAGCAGCUGGGGCAAGUGCACUAGAGACCAUUGGUACCAAUGAAUAUCCAAGUUUCAAUGACAAUGAUAACUUUGCUCCUGAUUUUGGAAAUGAUAACUUUGACAUGGAUAUAGAGGAUGAAAACAACAACCAUGAUGAUGAUGAUCAUGAUGAUGAAGGAGAUCCUAUUGAUAAUUUAAACAAGAGCAUUGUGCAGCAAGUUUUCAACGAGGACGAGCAAUACACAGAACGGUCAGUUCCCGAAAGAGUGAUGGAUCGAGAUCUUAUGGCUUAUUUUGAUGAGAGAUUGAAAUCAUCUUGGAGAGGGCCCGAAAAUUGGCGUGUCACGGCAUUCAAGAAUGCAAUGGCAUCAAAUAAUCAGAAUUCAAAGUCGACCACUACUACUUCAAUAACAUCAGGCUCAGUGGUAAAGACUGAGGAUGGAGGAGAAUCAAUGACCAAUGUAACAGCGAAGAAGAAGGCUACUACAAUUGAUUUUAUGAGCACAGAGGACGAUGAAGAAUUAGAGCAGUUAAUUUUUGCCAAAGCCAAAAAACUAGGUACUAUAACUUAUGAUGAAGAUCAAGAAAUGCUUUUACCUGAAGAUAUUCAAUUCCGUUCCUCAAAAUUAACUCAUUUGUUCACGAAGCCCAGUGUACCAAUAUAUACCUUUAGAAAGGUUAAGAAGACUGCUGCCAAUUAUGAAAUAAAGACCACAGAGGAUGAUGAGAAUAAAAUAACAGAUGAGAAUUACUUUGCAGAGCAAUAUAAAAACAGAGAGUUAUUGGAAUCAUUUAUUCAAGCAGAAGAAGAGGAUUUUAAUAAUGAUUAUGGGGGUAAUAAUGAUUUUGGAGGUAUUGAUUUCAACGAUGCCUUUGAAGGGGAUGCUGUUGCCAAUUCCACACAUAAUCAUAUUAUCGAUGGAGAAGAAAAAUCAGUUAAUCCAUUCCUCGAGUCACAAGAUCGUCCAGAUACUCAAGAUUCUGCAAUGACCAAUGAAUCACAAUCACAAUAUAGAAGACGGAGGCCUGAAUAUGUUAACUUUUCAAGAGUUGCAAAGCGAGUGGAUGUUAAACGACUUAAAGAUAACAUUUGGCUGAGUAUACAACGCCAAGCACAAGCGUUGAAUGUACUUGAAGCAUCACCAAAGCCACAAGAAGAAGAGGAAGAGGAAGUGCCUAAGAAUAAUGAGAAGGUUGAGUCUUUCCGAAAUAUUGUUACUGAUGUCAAUAAAUACUAUGGAGCAGAAGAACGGAAAGAUUUAUCUACGAGUUUCCAUUUCAUUUGUCUUCUUCAUUUGGCAAACGAACAUGGGCUUUCUAUCGUUGCAAAUAGUGCCCACGAUGAUUUACGUAUUACUGGGUUCUAG